AUGUCACCAGGGAGCCGGAUGCCCAUGGCUGGCUUGCAGGUGGGCCCCUACGGGCUCCCCAUUGGUACAGCUACUCCACUUCGACCUGGCAUGCCACCCACCAUGAUGGACCCAUUCCGAAAACGCCUGCUUGUGCCCCAGGCCCAGCCCCCAAUGCCUGCCCAGCGCCGGGGGUUAAAGAGGAGGAAGAUGGCAGAUAAGGUUCUACCUCAGCGAAUUCGGGAGCUUGUCCCAGAGUCUCAGGCGUACAUGGACCUCUUGGCUUUUGAGCGGAAGCUGGACCAGACCAUUGCUCGCAAGCGGAUGGAGAUCCAGGAGGCCAUCAAAAAGCCUCUAACGCAAAAACGAAAGCUGCGGAUCUAUAUUUCCAAUACGUUCAGUCCCAGCAAGGCGGAAGGUGACAGUGCAGGAACUGCAGGGACCCCUGGGGGAACCCCAUCAGGGGACAAGGUGGCUUCCUGGGAACUCCGAGUGGAAGGAAAACUCCUGGAUGAUCCUAGCAAACAGAAGAGGAAGUUCUCUUCAUUCUUUAAGAGCCUCGUCAUUGAGCUAGACAAGGAGCUGUACGGGCCUGACAACCACCUGGUGGAGUGGCAUCGGAUGCCCACCACCCAGGAAACGGAUGGCUUCCAGGUGAAACGGCCUGGAGACCUCAAUGUCAAGUGUACCCUCCUGCUCAUGCUGGAUCAUCAGCCUCCUCAGUACAAGUUGGACCCCCGACUGGCAAGGCUGCUGGGAGUGCACACACAGACAAGGGCCGCCAUCAUGCAGGCCCUGUGGCUGUACAUCAAACACAACCAGCUGCAGGACGGGCAUGAGCGCGAGUACAUCAACUGCAACCGUUACUUCCGCCAGAUCUUCAGUUGUGGUCGUCUCCGAUUCUCCGAGAUUCCCAUGAAGCUGGCUGGCUUGCUGCAGCAUCCAGACCCCAUUGUUAUCAACCAUGUCAUUAGCGUGGACCCUAAUGACCAGAAGAAGACAGCCUGUUAUGACAUUGACGUCGAGGUGGAUGACCCACUCAAGGCCCAGAUGAGCAAUUUCCUGGCCUCUACCACCAAUCAGCAGGAGAUUGCCUCCCUUGAUGUCAAGAUCCAUGAGACCAUCGAGUCCAUCAACCAGCUGAAGACCCAGAGGGAUUUCAUGCUCAGCUUUAGCACUGACCCCCAGGACUUCAUCCAGGAAUGGCUCCGUUCCCAGCGCCGAGACCUCAAGAUCAUCACUGAUGUGAUUGGGAAUCCUGAGGAGGAGAGACGAGCUGCUUUCUACCACCAGCCCUGGGCCCAGGAAGCAGUGGGGAGGCAUAUCUUUGCCAAGGUGCAGCAGCGAAGGCAGGAACUGGAACAGGUGCUGGGAAUUCGCCUGACCUAACUGCUCAGGGAUCCCUUCCUUUCUUCCCAGCCCAGGCAUCAUCCCCUUCUCAGCCUGGAAGGGACCCCCAUCUGAGGCUGCAGACACAUAGGAUAAGGAGCAGGGUGAAGGUUUGUCCUGUUACCCUCAGCUUCCCAGCGUUAGUUUCAUAAAUGUAGCGGUAGGAUUCCUUGUUGCUUGGUCCCCAAAGCCUUAUUACUUACUUUCCGCAUUGGCUUUAAUUGGGUUCACAAUAAACGCCUCUGCUCCCUGCAGGCAGGCCCACGUAGGACUACUGGGGGCCUGGCUUUGCCAUUGUAAGGGAGGAGGUUCAGAACCAAAGGCCAUUGGCUUUGCUUGUUUACAGACUUCCCCUUGGGGCAAGUGCCCUAGCUGGCUCUGGGGAGCUGGGCAAGGAAGAGAGACUCAGCUCACUCUUCCUACCCUUUCUAAACCAAAGUUCUUUGCCAUUCCGACCAGCCCAGCCUAGCUGCUGGCUUUUUCCUUUCCUUUGGGUAUUUGCACUAUUUGGGGAGCAGGUUCUUCUAUGUGGGAGCCACUUUUUUAUACAGGGGGCAAGUUGGGGUUUUUCAGGGAGCCCUGUUUGGUGCCUCCUCCCUUAUUUUCUUUCCUCAAUCUAUGCAAGCGGCUCUGGCCGCCAUCAUCUCCUGGGAUGCCAGAGGGCUGCCACUCCAGCUCUUGGGCCCAGGGCUAUAAAGCCUCCUAGAGGAAGGGGACACUCAAGUUCUCUGGCUUGGCCUGAGGCAUGGGUGUGUGUGCUUGGUGGAGGGCAGGGGGAACUCAUUCCCAUUUGGAGCUUGAUAAGAAGGGUGGGCCUAGGGCUUGGAAAGUGCCACUUCUGGCAGGUUUGGAAAUUUCCAAAUAAAUCCUUGUUUAUUGGU